CUAUUGGAGCCAGUUCUGCUUCUGGGCAAGGAGCGGUUUGCUGGCGUGGAUAUCCGUGUCCGGGUGAAGGGUGGUGGUCACGUGGCCCAGAUUUAUGCUAUCCGUCAGUCCAUCUCCAAAGCCCUUGUGGCCUAUUACCAGAAAUAUGUGGAUGAGGCUUCCAAGAAAGAGAUCAAAGACAUCCUUAUUCAGUAUGACCGGACACUGCUGGUAGCUGACCCCCGUCGCUGUGAAUCCAAAAAGUUUGGAGGUCCCGGUGCCCGCGCCCGUUACCAGAAAUCCUACCGAUAAGCCCAUCACAAGCAUCAGGGUUUACCUGUAUAAUAAACAUUGUGGGAUUUUAAGGUUUCAA